GGGGGCUGAUAUAGGCUGGGAAAUCCCGGCAGUGCAAACACACACACUCAGGAGCUGAGGAAAGGAUCAUAACAAACAGAGUCGUCACAAUGAACAGCUGGUUAGCGUGGAUCUUGCCCCUACUACUACUUCCAAGUAUAGGCCAGGCCCACAGAGGUCAGGAGCAGAGACAAAGUAGCCUGCAAUUUCCAUUCCCAGUUCAAGAACAAAUCCAAGUUGAAGUUCCUAGACCAGGACCACGGGGGAGAAGGCCUACAUCCCCUUGCAGUCAGGGUGAAGCAUGCCCUCUGCCUGAUCUCAUCUCACCAUUGAGCAACAACUUAAACGAUUUCCCUCCCGGCCGCCCAAGUAGCAACAACAUUGCUAAUAUCUGCAACAAGAAUCGACCCAAAACCAACUAUGGGUACCACAACCUUCCUCAGACUGGGUUCUCCCAUCUUACCCGUCAAGGACAGGCUAUCAAUGCAGUGGAAGAAGGUUAUGAGCUGUGCUGUGAUCAGGAAGACAAACUACACUGUGCAGAGGAACUGUGGAAGAGUGCUCUAGGGGACUUUUGCCAGGAGGAAUUUUCAGUCAAAACAUCCCACUACCACUGCUGCAAGAAGAAAGGGAAAGCAAAGGAAGCUUGCUUCAAAACCGAGGCUCCAAAUCCCAGUUACAGCUUUGCUAUGGGCCAAGAAUCCGGCGCUGCCGGUGCUCCCAGAGUGGCCCGUGCCAGAAGCCAGAGUCAGUGCUCCCCAUCUUCUCCUCGCUGCCGUAGAGAGCCAAAGUACAAACUGCCUGACUUGUCCUUCCCGCCUGGUGAACCUAAGGCCAGCAACAUCCAGAAUAUCUGCAAGCUGAGGAAACUGCGGCCUACCUACAGCGAGUCCGAGCUGCCCACAAGCGGAUUUGGCCAUUUCAUACGUCAAGCCAAGACAAUCAACCGGCUGGAGAACGAGUACAAGAAAUGCUGCAAGGAUGAAAAUGUGGCAUGUGCGCACAUUGCUUGGGAGAAGGAACUGGACGAGUUCUGCACCCAGGAGCAGGAGGUCUUCACAAAGCCCUAUGAGUGCUGCAAGGAAAGAGUCAAUAUGUUCAGUUGCUUCGCCAGCAAUGCUCCCUUCCCAGAGUACGACAAAGAGGUUGAACAGAUCAACCUCAGUGACAUCACAUCGGUCAACCUACAGAAGCUCUGUGGGGACAUUAAGGUUCUCACAAAACAGAAACAAAUUCCCCUGCUUGUGUCUGAACUCCGGGAAUCCUGUUGCAAUACCCCAGUGGAAGAAAUGAUGGUGUGUGCGGAUGAUCAGAAAUUGGCAUUUUUUGAGACUGUGUGUGAUGCCAAGAAAGACUUGUGGAAAGACUCUCAAGGCUGCUGCAAAAAGAAGGAUCAGGAAAGAAUCGAGUGCUUUGGGCAAUACCUGCAGAAAGUGUUGGUGGCUGUGUCUCACCGAAAUGACCAAGUGUAGGACUUUUUCAGCAAUUCCAGAACUUUUAUAGCCAUGGGGUUUGGCCUUUUUAAGCGCAUAAUCUGCCACUAGGGGUCUCCACUGCUUUGGAAUGAUAGAGGGUGGUUGAAGAGAACAUAGAGUCUUUAAUACUAUGAAUUUACCUGCUUUAGGUUAAGGACACACUGCUAUUUCGGGAGAUUAGUCACGCAUUGACAGAUCGCUUCUCGAACUACCCUCCCGAACAACCUUCCCGUCGGUUAGAAUCUAAAUCGUUGGCUGGAUGGCACUAGAAGCGUUUCGUUUUCCGAAGUUGUCCCUCGAGGAAACUUCGGGCAAAUUCGGAAAGCCGAAGCGAACUGACUACCAUCCCGUCAGCGAUUUACAUUCUAGCCGGCGGGAAGGCAAUUCGAUGAGAUAAGUCGCCCGAAGAAAAAGCGAUUUGUCGCUUGGCGGCUAAUCUCCCGAAAUAGCAGCAUGUGCCCUGGCCCUUAGACUUUGCAUUGAGAGAUUAUUGCAUGGGACUUGUGCCAUUAUUCAUUGCUUCGGACCCUCUAAUAAUCAGCUUUGGUGCAUGAACUAAGGGGCCACAAAACCCUCAUCAGUGCAAUGAAACAAGGGCUCAUGGUAAAUCCAUGGGCACCAUUUGUAACUGCACCACAGGGGAAUUCAGUGGGUCAUACAUCAACUUUAUAUGAAUUAUAAACUGCUCAGACACCUUCACAGGUUGCAUUACAUUCACAUUUCAUUUAAUUAAAUGUAAAAUAUAAACACGACUAAGUACAGAAGAUUUUUUUCAUGAAAUGGCAGCAGCUGAGACAUUUCAAACUGCAGUUCCUGCUUCUUGCCAGAAACAAACAUGGUGGCACAUCCUGAUUAGCCCAACAGGAAGUUGCUCCUUCUUGCAGCACAUUGGUUGACAGAUUUCUAAUGUCUCAAUGCCUGGCGUAAUUAAACUCAUGGCUUAUGAGGAUUUCAAUAUAUUGAGGGGAAACAUAUCCGGUACUUUUUUGUAUAUAAUCGCAGCUUAGAAAUAAAACAACAGUUUUGUGAAAGCAUCAAUAAAAGGACAUACAGUACAAUUGACAUGGACCAGUUCCUUCUGUUUCUGUAAAGCACCUAAUUACAGUCAUGUGUAAUUGUAUCGCCUUCUGCAGGGGUGAGAACCUUUCCUCAGGGGGCAGUGAGUGACUGUCUGCCAUCAAAUGUGGACCAGUUGUGUUACACAAGACGUGUGUUUAGUUGUUGUGAAGCUGCUCCCUUAUAUAAUUAUAUAAAGCAAAACUAUGUGACCUGUUGUGCUGUAACUGUAUUAUAGGACAUACAUUCAACAUUUUCCAUUCGGGCUGUUAUUAAAGUGAUUCUGUCAUGA